AUGGCAGAAGAUAUGGCAUUUGAUGGCCGCUCUCCGAUGUCAUCACCGGCCCAUGCCGAUAAUAUCCCAACUCCCAGUUCCACUACUCGGCCGAAGUCAACGCACCGGCGAGGUCUCAAACGGGGUGUUGCGGCAUGUGAAAGGUGUCGGAGGAGAAAGCAAAAGUGCGACGGACAACUUCCGAUAUGCAGGCAGUGCUCAGCUGCGGGCACACCGUGUGUCCCUUCGGAGCGUUUCCUCGUGCGAUUGUCCAACGAUGAUUGCGAGUGUGAGCGCCUGAGAAGUCAGGUGGAUAGUCUCACUGCGCAGCUAGAGGCUUUGAUGGCUGCUGUCGCAGAUGAAAGCGCCCACCCAACUCAUACAUCGAUCACCGGAGGUUCGGCUUCUGUUCCAGCAACUCAGCCAUCUUAUGGUAACCCCGUUUCUGGCGGUGCUCAAAUUGAUCGCCUCCUGCGCCCAACCUUUUCAAGGAGAGGGGCAGCAAGAGCUGCAGAUGACAGUCUCUUCAACAGCCCAUCCCGCUUAUGGGACGGACUCGCCACAGGGCGGACGCCAGAAUGCCCCAGUGCUACCGUGCCUCCAAGUUUGGAAGAUAGUAAUUCUUUGAUUGAAGGUUUCUUUAGUCGGAGAUGGCCGCAAUUUCCCGCUCUUCACAAGCCUACCUUUCUCGAAAAGCAUUAUCUGCCAUUUUCGAGAGGCGAUACAGUAAGCGGCGUCUCUUCCUUUCAAGUCAACAUCGUCUUGUCCAUCGCAGCAUCCGAAAAGGCUCGCACCGAUGAACGUCAUCGCCGCCUUCAGGAGGACUUUUUUCAAGCCGCCACCAACCAUCUCCAAAGUGUCUUGGAGGCAGAAGACUUUGACUGUGUUCAAUGUCUGCUUCUUCUAUGCAUAUACGGAAGCAAUGAGCCACAGUCAGUCAAUCUAGGGUAUGCCACUGGACUGGCUCUGCGCCUAGCUGUAGGGAUGAAUCUCCACCGGGUUGAGGCUAUUGCCUCGAAAGAGCCUCUGGAGGCAGAAAUGAGUAAAAGGCUAUUCUGGUGUGUCUAUACAAUGGAUCGGGCUAUCUCCAUGUCCCUGGGCCUUCCACUAGGAAUACAAGACUCCGACAUCACAAUGCCACUUCCACUUUCUUUCUCGGAUGAUGUACUCGCGAAUCCCAUUCAAGAGACGCCAUUCAACUUUGGCCCCGACGUCAACGACCUCUCAACAUUCCUCCACAUUAUCGAACUCCGCCGCAUCAGCGCGGAGAUUUACAGGUCGCUCCAUUCGGCCGGGGACACAAACCUUGCAGGAAGCAACAUUGACGCUAUACGUGUUCAGCUCCAUACGAGAAUAAAUCAAUGGCUAGUUUCUGCCCCGCGCUAUCUUGUCCCGGCAUCCAUGCACCAAACACCGGAGUGGUUCCAGAUAGCCUAUCACCAGGCAGUCAUGAACCUUUAUAGGCCGUCACACGCAUCACCAGUUAGCACUAUUGACGCAUUACGACACUGCGCAGACUCUUCCAUUAGUCUAAUCAGUUGCUAUGGAGCCCUCUACGCUAAAAAUAAGGUCACCUAUACGUUCGUAGCUUUGACUGCGCUAUUCAUGGCUGGGGUCACAAUGUUGUACUCUCUAAGAGCGAGUGCUACACUCCGACAAGAGCUCACUAGAGACAUCGUCGAAUCUAAUAUCAGGUCAUGUACAACGUUGCUGCGGGACAUAUCACAUGGCGGAGCUGUAGUAGAGAGGAGUGUUGAGAUUAUACAAAGGCUGGGGAGGGCAACUCUUGCAUUCUUCGAAAGCGCAGUAGACCCGGCGGAUAACCAGGUUGAUACGGAAUUCAUGUCUUGGUUCGGGCUAAAGGGGCAUCAUCCGCCAGACCAGGGUUCGGUUCAGCCGACGCCAAGUGCUGAUAUCCCUUGGAAUGACUUAUUUGAGCAUGGUUUCGACCUUGGCAACAUUUACUGCGGCGAUGUGCUGAUAUAG